CUCUGUAUUCUUUGCCCCGUCUACCCCUCUGCGCCCCAGCAACCAUGAAGGUCGACGACACUCUGGGCGUGACUCUCAUCGGCAACAUAAUACAAGCCACGUUGUUCGGAUUCACCAAUGUUCAAAUGCACACAUACUUCACGAAGGGCUACUUUGACGACGCGAGAUGGUUCAAGGCAAUCAUUGUAUUGCUGUGGCUCUUCGACACCGCCCAAAUCGUGUUCCCGUCCUACUCCGUUUACAGCAUCCUCAUAACCCAUUAUGGAGAUCCCAGCGAGUUCUUCACCCCUGAACGGAUCGCUUUCGUGCAUGUCCUAGUCACGGAAAUCAGUUGUUUUAUCAUCAGGAUCAUAUACGCCGGCCGGCUAUGGACGCUGGGUGGAAAGAACCGAUCUCUCCUCGUCGCUGUCUUGAUCCUGUCCGUGAUUGCGCUUGUGCCAGGAUUCAUAUACAUGAUCAGAGGGCUUCACCUCAUGAACUGGGAGAAAAUCAACUCCUCCGAAGCGUGGGUGAUGUUCUUCAACUAUGGCGCCGCCUUUGCCGUAGACAGUGUUAUCGCUGCUGCCAUGUGCAUGUGCAUGCAGCGCGGAGGAAGGGGUGCGAAAAGUUCGGAUACCCGGGUUCACGUCAUGACGCUCUACGUUGUUGGCACUGGGGCGAUCACUGCUUUCUGCGCGUUGGUCACGCUGAUCCUGUAUGUGUCGAUGCGGGCGAACCUCGUCUACGCAACGUUCUACCUGUGGAUGGGUAAACUAUCCAUCAACGCAUUAAUGGUGAACCUCAACAACCGAGGCCCCACCAUCGACAAGCACAAAGACUCGAAGCGAAACAGUGUCAACUUCCUCACCCAGUCCGCUACCUCGCGUUUCGUCGCCGGCGCAGGGCACAUCGCGUCGGCCAAGUCCGAUUCCACUGCCGAAAUCGCGUUCCACAAUCAGCGGUCGACGGAAUACGUAGAUCUGUCCGUUCUGAGAGAGGAUUCAGCCGGGGGCUGUAGUAAAAACGAGGCGGGAUUAGUGUGAACGAACGCUCGUUUCGGCUCCGGGUGCAAAAGCAGUCUCGAGAACACCGCAUAAUGCUUCACGUCCAAUCCCACGACCGGAUCUCAACAGUUCGCAGUUGUAGAGUGCGAACGGUACCCAAAAAAGCACGGUCCACCGAAUGAUGCAACCGCGCCCUAGCGGCGAUGUCCCGACUUCUUCUUUAUCUUCCUCAUAGAUACGUCCCAUGACUCUAAUUCACUCGAUGUGCGGUAGAAACCGUUUAAUGCGAUACCCUAUGGGCAGCCUGAUUACCUC